AUGACGCUUCUCGUUUUGGUGAUAGUGGUCAACGUGUGCCUGGGCCGUCCCCGAAACAAGUUUCCGGGAUAUUAUCCAUAUCCAUUCUUCCAUAAAAGAGUUGAUUCCUGUGUGGGACAAUUUUUCUGUAAAUACACUCCAUCCAGCAGCGGAAGUUCCUGGGCAAACUCAAAUGGCCAAGCCGAGUGUGUGACCAAACAGAAAAUAUGUGAUGGCAUGAUGGACUGCAGUAACGGAGCCGACGAAAAGCACUGUCCUCCCCAGUGCGCCAAGAUGGGAAUGAUGAAUUGCCGGGACAGGAAACAUUGCGGCCGGCUGUGUGAUGGAAGUCCGGACUGUGGCGGCAUGGACGACGAAAAACACUGUCCUGCCGGCUGCUUCUGUCCUGAAAAUCACUACUUGUGCAAGGACAAGAAGACCUGCAUAUCGAAGAAGCAACUCUGUGACGGCAACAACGACUGUCCGGCUUGCGACGACGAGGAAGAUUGCCACAUCUACAAAUGA